CCUCACUGCUCACGCCGGUCGAGAACCCUCAGAUCAAAGACAAGUGCAGCAACGGCUUCCAUCUUGACCACGGAGCUCUCUUACAGGAACAGUUCAACAAUCACAGGACCUGACGCGAGUGCCCGCCAAGCCAUCUUCUGCGAUCUGCUGACUCGGCCGCAUCGUCUCUCUUAGCCUACUCACCGGCCGCGACUUCCCCGCAAUCCAACCGUCCAAACAUGGUAUGUCGCCCAUCAUUGUCGUAAUGCCGGUUCCUCUCUGGGGUAGUCAAAUUGCGGAGAAACAGGGAUGUUCGGGAUAGUUCACGAGAUUAACGCUGGCUCUUGCAUGGACUCGGUGUAACCGUUAACACGACGCUUAACCUCUACUGAUGCGCUUGUUCCUUUGAUGGAGACUUGCGAAUGGUUCGUUGCUGGCAUCAGGCUUGCGUCAGAGCAGGAGGAAAUGAUCAGCAAUUGGGCUGGAAGAAACCGUCAUUUCCGUUUGAGUACAACCCAAGAAUGCCGGCCGGUCAAGGUCUUGACCGUUGCACAUCUGCCUGUAUCUAGUUAGUUUAGCAGCUUAGGCUUUGAGGUAAUUUCUGGUCAUAGAAAUGGAUAUUUCUAUAAAGCCUGAUAGACAUACCCGUCCACCGUAUGGUUGUAUCGAAACUUUAAUGUCUGUCGCAGCUCUCCUCUGGAGGAUUCCCAAAUACGCCCAGCCAUGCACUCCCUUCGACUCUGGGUGUCCACCGCACUCGCUCUUGCAGCAACUGCGAGCGGCCAAGGAAACAUCACCAACACCGAACGAGUUGAAGCUGCUCUAGCCGCUCUCACAAUCACCAACCUCGAUGACGUCCGCGGCAACAUUCACUUGCCUGCCACCUCGGAUGGGCUGACCGUAACGUGGGAAAGUAACUCGUCGUCCGUCAUCACAAGCAGUGGUGUCGUCCAAAGACAGACUGAGAACACCCCAGUCGCGCUUACAGCAUCGAUCAACCACGAGGGUGUUUCCCAGACACGAGAGCUCGUUGCCUCAGUGCGCAAAGCCGUGUCACUCGACCCAUUCGAGGGCUAUGCGUUCUCCUACUUUACUGGGAGCUCCCGCGCUGGCGAGAACAUCUUCUUCGCGGCCAGUGAGGGAAACAAUGCGCUGGAGUGGACGGAGCUAAACGGUGGCCAGCCAGCCAUCACCUCGUCUUACGGCACCAAGGGACUGCGAGACCCUUUCCUCAUCCGAUCACCCGAGGGUGACACAUUUUACCUCAUCGCCACGGAUCUCUCCAUCGGCUCUGGGACGUCUUGGGGCGACGCGGUACGCAUCGGAAGCCGCUACCUCGAAGUUUGGGAGUCUCAUGACCUCAAGACCUGGUCUGAGCAACGCCAUAUCCUAGUCUCUCCACCCGAGGCUGGAAACACCUGGGCUCCCGAAGCAUACUACGAUGAGGAACUCGGUGCCUACCUGGUCUUCUGGGCUUCGUCUCUUUACGAGGCCAGCGAUGUAAACCGGACAGGCAGCACCUACCACCGCAUGCUGUACGCAACGACCCGCGACUUCGUCACCUUCAGCGAGACGUCAGUGUGGCAGGACGCCGGUAUGUCAAGAAUCGACUCAACCGUCAUCAAGUCCGCGGACACCUACUACCGCUUCACCAAGGAUGAGGGCGCCAGCGGCACUGGUUGCAGUGACAUUAUCCAGGAGAGCUCGGGAUCUCUCCGAUCUACGCUGGACUCGUGGACCAUCAUCGACUCAUGCAUCGGCCGAAAGGCUGGCACCAGCGCAGUCGAGGGCCCGACCGCUUUCAAGUCCAACACGAAUGACGUCCACGGCGAGAAAUUCUACCUCUUCGUUGACGAGUACGGUGGACGCGGCUACAUCCCGCUAGAGACUACUGACAUUGGAAACCCGGAAUGGAAGGUCUCUGCAUCCUACAACCUGCCGACCAGCCCGCGACACGGAACCGUCAUCCCGGUCACCGCCGCCGAGCUUGCCGCUCUGAAGGAGCCUGCACCGGCUCGCAGAGCUGUCAACGCCGAUGGCGAGAUCCUCCGCUACGACUUCUCGACGGUCGAUGGCACGCAGCUUCAGGAUGUUUCGGGCAACGGGAAUCACGCUGCGAUCAGCGGUGGUGCUUCGGUUGUUGACGGCGCUCUCACGUUCGACGGUGUCGACGACUUCGUUCAGCUGCCCAACAACAUUCUCUCUGGCGUGGAGGAUACUGCAAUUGAGGCCGAGGUUUUCCUUGAUGCUUCCCAGCAAACUCCCUACUUCAUCUACGGCCUUGGUAAUACCGCCGCCUCCGGCAACGGCAACGGAUACUUGUUUGCUACGGGAAGCCCCUACAGAGCGAGCAUCACCACUGGGGACUGGUCCACCGAGAGAACCGCGGCCUCCAGUUCUUCCUUGCCGCAGGGUACCUGGCUACAUUUGGUGUACACAAUCACUGGACGUACCUCCGCGAUCUACUUGAACGGCUACGAGGUGGCUCGGAACGAGAAUGUGAACAUCGACCCCAGGAACAUCGGCAACGGCGUCACGACUGCCAAUUACAUUGGCAAGUCUGUCUACUCCGGGGACAAGCUUUUCAAGGGCCAGAUCCGCGAGUUCGCCAUCUUCAACAGAUCCAUGACCGCCGCCGAGGUUCUCUCCCGCUCUGGAAACGUGGGGGCCAUCACCGGAGUUUCUCUCGCCGACUCCUCUGCGCUCAAGGUCCCAGCCAUCAUUGACACCACUGCUAGCACGGUCUUGUUCGCGGUCCAGCCUGGUACCGACCUAACUGCCCUUGCGCCGACCUUCAUCACCACCGAGGGCGUGAUCUCGUCGCCGGCUUCUGGUACCACUGUUGAUCUCAGUGCCGGAGUCAAGUACCUCUUGGAGAAGGAUGGCGAGUCUGUGGCAGAAUGGACCGUCAGCGCUGUCGAGAUGGGCAGCCCCAUCUUGCCUGGCCUCUACGCGGACCCCAACGUCGCCGUCUUCAACGGCGUGUACUACAUUUAUGUGACUUCCGACGGCGUUCCCGGCUGGGGCGGAAAUACCUUCUACUCGUGGAAGUCGACAGAUCUAGUUACCUGGACCCGCGGAGACGAGCCUUUCCUGACUCUCGACGGCGCGAACGGCAACGUCCCCUGGGCCACCGGUAACGCAUGGGCACCAACCAUUGCUGAGCGCAAUGGCAAGUACUACUUCUACUUCAGCGGCCACAACGCGGCACUGAACACCAAGACCAUCGGUGUCGCGGUUGCCGAUGCUCCCGAAGGCCCCUUCACCGCCGAGCCCGAGGCCAUGAUCCUCAACAGCGAGGCCAUCACCGCGUCCCAAGCCAUCGACCCUGCAGCUUUCCACGACCCCGUCUCCGGGAAGUACUACAUCUACUGGGGCAACGGUCGCCCUCUCGUGGCAGAACUCAACGACAACAUGAUCUCGGUCAACUGGGACACGCUUCAGGCCAUGAGUGGUCUGGUGGAGUUCCGGGAGGGGCUCUUCGUCGUGUACCGGGACGGCCUCUACCAUCUCACAUACUCCAUCGACGACACUGGCUCCGAGAACUACCGUGUCGGCUAUGCCACCUCCGCAUCCUUCGCAGGGCCAUGGGCGUACCAUGGCGUGAUCUUGCAAAAGGAUCCAUCCCAGGGGAUCCUCGGCACGGGUCACAACUCCAUGUUCAACGUCCCCGGCACGGAUGAUUGGUACAUCGUCUACCACCGUUUCGCCAUCCCUGGUGGCGGUGGUUACCGACGCGAGACCGCCAUUGACCGCGUCACCUUUGACCCUGAGACAGGCUUGAUCAACCCUGUCGUUCCUACUCUCACCAGCGUUGGGCCGCAAACUGUUCCUCACAAGUUCCGCCGCAUGUCUAGAGUGAUGCGUUUGUGAUUUGUGAUUAUUGCGGUAGUGGGGGACAGGAUGGUGUGAAAGGGGAAGCUGAAGGUUUGAUGAGCUUAUUUUGAGUAGAAUAAGACGAAACUAAAGUAAUAAAUCGU